UUCGUAGCAGAAGUUAUUCCUCCUCUUCGUGAUCGCGCCCCCUCCACGCAAGCUAUUUAAGGAAGUUUAAAAUUACGUGACUUCGAUUUAUACUCGUAAAGCUUGCUGAUCAAUCAAAGAUUCCUUGACUUUUCGAAUUGUCGAAGUUGGUUCUCAAAAUGAACCACGUUUUCCUAUUCUUGCUUCCCCUGGCAAUAUGUUUGUCUUCUUUGUCGGCUUUUACCAUAGACCAGAAUGCAAAGAGUUCUGCUUUAAACAUGGGCAAAAAGUAUGAGGACAACCACGAAUUUGUUCUUGACGAAAGGGAGGCGAGAGAAACGUUUCCUAAUGAAAACUCUGAUUUCAACGACGUUGGGAAAACAGACGAUGAUCUGUUUUUCGCGUUAGAAGAUGACACCAAAUGGAAAAACAAGAAAAGGUAACAAAUUGAACUUGAAUAUUUUACUAUAAAAGUCAAAAAGGAACCUGAAUAAUAACGUAACAAAACUGAUAACUUUGCAGAGAAAUUUUUUUAAAGUAGACUAAUACCAUAUUUUAAUGUCACUGAGAAAGUUUUGAACAUGGUAGCGUCGGUUUUGUUUUCAGACAUUCUCAUUAAAAAAAGAAAACUCUGACUGAUUUCUGUCAACGUGCUUGGCUACACUGACACGGUAGCAAGGCCAACAUUUUAUUUCUUGAGAAUAAAGAACAGAGUUGUGGAAGAACCUAGCCUGCGAUGUAGGCCCAAAAGAGGCUCUGUGAAUAAAAAGAUCAACAAGAAGAAUUUAACGAAACAAAGCUAAAAAUUAUGAGGCGAUGUGUACACCAUCCUUAUUUACCUGUACGGCGAAUUAGGUUUAUUGCUAUUCUGUUGAGUAGUAUUUUAUUAAUUGCGGCUUUGUUAUUUAUUAGUAUGGAUUACAGUGAAUGGGAAAGAUCAAAUGGACUCAAACUUAAUGACGACGAAAAGGAGGAGAAGGAAGUGGAAGAAGAGAAAGGAGUCAUCAAAAAGUUGAUCAAAAAGUUUAAGAACUUGCUGCACAAACUUGGCAAACGAAGAUAA